UUUCGCCGCUUCCUUAUCCAAACAGAUGGAAACUUGGUUCAUCAUCCUUAUCUCUCUGUGUGUUUCUGCUCUCAUCAAAGCCCUCUUCAAUCUUCUCAAUUUCACCACCAAAAACUCCAACUAUAAACUUCCUCCAGGCCCUUCCACCUUUCCCGUCAUUGGCAAUUUACUAUUGCUCCGCAAGUCUUCCUUGGAACUUCGAUCCAUCAUCCGAUCUCUUCAUUCUAAGCUUGGCCCUAUAAUCUCCCUCCGUAUCAAUUCUAAUCCAGCAAUAUUCAUUGCUGACCGCUCUCUAGCUCACCAGGCCUUGAUUCAAAAUGGAGCCGUCUUUGCCGAUCGCCCGCCUGCCAACACCGUUGGAAGAAUUACUGGUAGUAAUCAGCAUAACAUCAACUCUGCCGCUUAUGGCCCCAAUUGGCGCCUCUUGCGCCGUAACCUCACAGCAGAAAUUCUCCAUCCUUCACGUGUCAAAUCGUAUUCACAUGCACGCAAGUGGGUUUUACAAAUUCUUCUUGACUGUUUCAACUCUCAGUCAAAAUCGGGUGAGCCAGUCCGCCUUAUUGACCGUUUCCAGUACGCUAUGUUUUGCUUGUUAGUGUUGAUGUGUUUUGGGGACAGGCUUGACGAGAAGAAGAUUAAAAAAGUUGAGUAUGUUCAGCGACGCAUGCUUGUUAAUUUAAGUCGAUUUAAUAUCCUCAAUUUCUGGCCAAGAUUAACAAAAGUUUUGUUUCGUAAACGAUGGGAAGAAUUCUUGCAAUUACGUAAAGAACAAGAGGAGGUAUUGAUGCCGUUGAUAAGAGAAAGGAGGAAGAUGAAAGAAGAGAGAUUAAAAAAGGCUAAACAUGAUGUUAAAGAAGUGAACGAUGAGUAUGUUUUAGCAUAUGUAGAUACGUUGUUUGAUUUGGAACUCCCGGAGGAGAAGAGAAAGCUUGAUGAAAAUGAAGUUUUGAGUUUGUCCACGGAGUUCUUAAGUGCUGCUACUGACACAACAUCGACGGCAUUGCAAUGGGUGAUGGCAAAUUUGGUCAAGUGUCCACAUAUUCAAGAGAAGUUAUUGACAGAGAUUAAAAGUAUUGUUGGAGAUGAAGAGAGAGAGGUGAAAGAAGAUGACUUGCAGAAGAUGCCAUAUUUGAAAGCAAUCAUUUUGGAAAGUUUAAGGCGUCACCCUCCCGCACAUUUUGUGGUGCCACAUGCUGUUACAGAGGACGUAGUUCUAAAUGGGUUUUUGGUUCCAAAGAAGGCUUCAAUAAAUUUCAUGGUGGCAGAUAUGGGAUGGGAUCCGAAGGUGUGGGAAGAUCCAAUGGAGUUUAAGCCAGAAAGAUUCUUGAAUAAAGAAGAAGUGUUUGACAUCACAGGAAGUAGGGAGAUAAAGAUGAUGCCAUUUGGAGUUGGGAGGAGAAUAUGUCCGGGUCUUGGUUUGGCAAUGCUUCAUUUGGAGUAUUUUGUGGCAAAUUUAAUUUGGUACUAUGAGUGGAAAGCUGUGGAUGGAGAUGAGGUUAAUUUGGAAGAGAAGGUAGAGUUUACAAUGGUUAUGAAAUAUCCGUUGCAGGCUCACCUAAAUCCCAGGUUUAAAUAAUUAAUUAGGAUUUUUUUAGCUACUGAUGAUCAUACAUCUUGAUCUUGGUACGAGGGCUGGUUAAUUAAAUUGCAUAUGUAUGUGUGUUUCUUCUUUACUUGUCUGUAACUUGUAAGCUUUUAAUAAGACAACAGCCUAUGUAAAGUCCCAUUGAGCAGUCCACGCGGAAAAAUCUGAGAGUGUUUUUCAUCUUUCAA